GCGCCGCCCUGGACGGGGCGCACCGACUGCGCGCGCGGCUGCGGGCGAACAUCGGGAGUCCUGCCUCAGCCGCCGCUUCUCCAGCAGCAGCUUCGGGCUUCUCCCGCAGGAGUUUCGGGCUUCUCCUGGUAGAGACGUGGGAACUUUUCUUCUCCUGGCGAGGCCGCAGAGGUGAUGGGCCGCUCCCGGGGCUCCCGCGGGGAGGCGGCAAGGUCUUCUGAGCUACAAUAAUUUUUUGGAACGGCAGAAAUGAUUGGUUCUAGCAACAGAUGGGAAUUUGGAGUCACUCUGAAAUAUAUCCUGGAAUAAUUGUGUUUGACUAGAACCAAAUCGUAUGAGGUCCCCAAGGAUGAGAGUCUGUGCUAAGUCAGUGUUGCUGUCGCACUGGCUCUUUCUAGCCUACGUGUUAAUGGUGUGCUGUAAGCUGAUGUCCGCCUCAAGCCAGCACCUCCGGGGACAUGCAGGUCACCACCAAAUCAAGCAAGGGACCUGUGAGGUGGUCGCUGUGCACAGGUGCUGCAAUAAGAACCGCAUAGAAGAGCGGUCACAAACGGUCAAGUGCUCUUGCUUCCCGGGACAGGUGGCCGGCACAACUCGGGCUCAGCCUUCUUGUGUUGAAGCUUCCAUUGUGAUUCAGAAAUGGUGGUGUCACAUGAAUCCGUGUUUGGAGGGAGAGGAUUGUAAAGUGCUGCCAGAUUACUCAGGUUGGUCCUGUAGCAGUGGCAAUAAAGUCAAAACUACGAAGGUAACGCGGUAGCGAAGAGAGAGGUGUGCUUCAAUCCUGGAGGGGCAGCAGGAUGCGGAGCGCUUUUGCUGGGAUUCCCAUCCUGGCCCCUUUGCAGAAAAUUGUCUAGGAUUUCAGCAACUUCAUAUUUGUAUAUGUGAGCUGUGAGAGGUGGCAUUCACUUAACUGGCCGAGCCCUCUCUGCUUCGUGAUUUUAUUUCAUUGAAUUAUAACCAGAAGCCGCCACACAUUUGACAUCCUAUCUAUCUGGAUUCCCAAGGAACAUACCUCCAAAAUCCGAGAAGAGCAAAUCAGAGUCUUCAGAAUGGUUCACCACUAAGGGCAUGUUCAUUCUUCACUUUCUUUCUGCUUUUACAAAAGAACUUGGAUGUAUGUUCCAAGGGGUCCUCAUUCUGUUCCUUCUGUUCCUCUUUUGAAUUUUUCCUUUUGAACUUGUAUUAAAGUGGUUUUAAAGGGGGUCUAAAAAGAUUAUUAACUGGUAAAGAACGUUUAUUUUAUAACCCUUGAAGAAGGACAUAGUUGGAUUAUUGUGUGUGCAUUGUAUUUUUACUAUUAAUUUUUUUGCUUUCCAUUGUCCAGUUAGCAGAGAUAAAAUGAGAGCGUUUUAACUUCAAUGUACCAUUUUACUGAGUGCUAAGGAAGUAUAUCAAUUCCAAUAUUUUAUAACCAAAGCUCUGUCAGAACGCAUUUAUAAAACUUGUUGGAAUUUUUACGGCUUUUGUGUAGUCAUGUAGGUAAAUCAUUUAAAAUAUAAAACUCAAAUUAGAUUAAGGGUUAUUUCUUAGAUCAAAUUUAUGCCAAUUAUAUGAAAAUAUUUUAAGACAGGAGUCUUUCAGUGCUGAAUUUUUAGACUGUAAAUGAGUUCUUCUUAACUUAGCUGUUUCCCUACUUCUGUGUUAGCCAUCUUAUUUCUUUAAAAUCUGAGUCCUGAUUGGCUUAAUAAUGAUUUUGCAGCAGACAUGUCUGCACAUAUUCUCAGAGGCUGUCAUGCAGAAAUGUACGAAGCAGAUGAAGAAUGACUGACCCAGAUUUUAAAUGUAUAAUGUUAUUAAAGUACGUACUACUGUAAAAAUAUGGGAUGAAUUUUAUAUAUUAAGAAAUGCCAAAAACAUAGUUUCUGCACCAAGUUAAUUAAUUAUCCGUGUCCUUUCACAUUUAUGGGGGGAAAAUAAAUCAAUACUUUGAUUUUAUUCUUGCAGAAGGAAUGGAAAGAUUUGUUGGCUAAAUUUUUGAAUUUGACUAGAUGCUUACUGAAUUUGUUAUGAUCGCAUGAAUAAGUAAAAAAAAUUCAUCCAAAAACAUACAUGUUUUUGUGAUUAUAUGCCUUAAGACUUUGUGUUAACAUCCUACCUAGGCUUGCACAUUUUAAUUAACAUCCUACCUAGGCUUGCACAUUUUAAACAUGAAAAACUCACUCCUUUAAAAAAUAAAUAACACAUAACUUUGGGGAUGUGAACUAUAUGGCAAAGUUGGCACAUACAUUUGGGUGGCUUAGUUUCUUCUCCCAAACCUAUGGAGCAUUAAGCUUAGGCACACUCAUGAUAUUUUAUGCAUACUUUGCUCCCUUUAGUAUUGAGAGGUAUGCUUCUUUAUAUAUAAAUAUAUAAUGGAAAUUUUAUGAUACAUGAGAAAUUUUAUGAUACAUGAAACAGUGACUUAAUUUUUUAGCCUAUGUGUCUGAUCUCAUACCCCAAAUAAGAUCAAGUAACUAUGACAGUACUUCACCUUAAGGUACAUCUCUGGUGAGUAAACCACUUCCAGGGAAUCAGUGGUCCAUUUGGGAAAUAAUUGGGGUAUUUUUACAGAAUUUAAAACAAACAUACCAGGAUAGUUUAGUUUUGAGGCUGCUAGUCACAGCGUGUUAGGACUCUGACUGCCACAGGUAGUCUCAACAUCUAAGAAACAUUUGCUGCUUGUAUCUGUGUGGACACAGCCGAAGUCUCUGUAAAGGAACAGUACCUAGAUUUUUCUCUCUCUCUCUCCCUCAUAUCUGGAUGUGCUGCUCUAAACCAUAUACCCCUUUGCCUUCAUUUCCACAUUGGAAAGCUGGAACUCUGUUAAUAAAUUACAUUUAAGGAGCCUCUACAAGACCAUUCAGAGUUAUUGGCAAAAUUCUCUAUCCCUCUACAAACCUAUUUUUCUACUCAGUUUGGGAGAUAUUUAUGAGUAUUAUUUCCAUCUCACAGAGGAGAAUUUAAGACCUACAAGAUAUCACACCGACCCAAACUCACACAGGGAAAUUAUACAAUGAAGGUCAUGAUAAGAUACAGAAAAUCCUAGAUUUAUUUUUCUUUGAGAGUACUUUUAAAAUACUAUUUUGUAUUCUAGGUGUCCGGGUGAUGGGCUAGCCUUAAAUCUGUAGCCAGAUUCUGUUUGCAUCCAGCACCUGCGCUCUUUGCCACUAUCCCCGUGUCAACAAACUGAUGAAGAAUAUCAUGUUGCUACACAUUUUUUAAAAAUGGGUAAAAUAAUCAUAACUGAAUUUCUGCUUGAGUGUAAAAGAAUAUUUGUAUUUUAAAAAAUUCAUUUAAAGGAAACCUGGCCAGGAACAAUAUUAAAAAUAUUGAA